UACUAAUUAAAUUCAUGAUGUCGAGACAGAUGAGAGCAGAGGAGAGAGGAGAGAAUCGAUCCUGCAGGGCGAAAUUUCGAUGAGCGCAGAGGAGAGAGGAAAGAAGGAAGAGAGUUGAUGCAGAGGGAAGAGAGUUGGUCCUGGAGAAGAAGAGGGAACUUUCCUGUUCCUUUUGAGAUUGGAAGUUGCUGUAUUGAUCUCGGCAGAGGAGAAAGCAGCUGCGUCACCUCACUCAAAAGCGACGCCGUGAUCUCCCCGGAAGUUGGAAAGCUCAAAUCUUUUUAACUCCUUCACUCUCUCCCUCGCUCUUCCAACCAGCUUGCGGAAUCAUGGCAGCGGAGGCCGCGGAGAAGGAUCUGGCGGGUGCGUGAAGCUAGCGGAGAUUGAAGUGGGCUGUUUGCUGGGUGGUCAGGAAGCGGCGGCUUGUGGUGCUGUUCGAGAUCAUCAGAUGAGGGUAAGGACGCCCUUCGUUGUUCCACAAAAUGGGGUUUCUUUGCAGGUCUUGGAGGGAGAAGAAGGCCUCCUCUGGUGUGCUUCUUCUGCUACUGCUGCUAAGAGGAAAGGAGGGGAGAAGGAAAAGGUGCUGCUUGAGCCGCGUUCCGUGCUAGAAAGCAGGCGGAGCCCUAGCCCGCCGAGCUCCUCCGCCUCCACCCUGUCGUCCUCGCUUGUCGUUGCCGGAAGGUCUGCCUCGUCUGACGGCUCCGCGACCGCCGCCACUCCCUCAGUGGUGGCGCCGGAAGGGGCCCAGGGAGACGAGGGCACGACAGAGCUCCCGCCAGUACCCGCGUCCCUUGCAGGUGGAGAGGGGUGCUCCUUGGGCAGUGCUGAUGAUUUGGAAGACUUGUUCUACGAGCCGGCGGCCUCAAUAGCACAAGACCAGAACUUUCUUGGGUGGAUCAUUGGCGAGGCUGAUAACACUUCUGGCGUCGGUAACUUCGAUCCGCUCUGCGCGUUCGAAGGUGCUUCUGUACCGCUGGAACCCAUCAAUCUUCCGCCCUUGGCUUCGCCUGCUACUUCUCCUAGUGGAUCUGAGCGCAAAGGUGCCACUUUAAGGUGUGGGAUUGCAAGCCCUAAUCCUUGUCCUUCUCCUUCGGCUAAUAUCCUUCCCCUUCUCCUUCCUCCGUUGCCGGCGGAGCUUCAUUUACAAGACGAAAAGAAUCUCCUUCCCAAUCCGGACCUUGCUUUGUCGCAGCAACAUCAGGCCCAACCCCACCAUCUUUCUUCCUUCUUCCUCCCCUUUCAUCAGCAGUCAACCACCUACCACGGGGGUCAGCCGUUGCAGCACCUCGCCCCUCCUACACGCAAACGCCCUGCGGUCGAUCCUUUCCCUAUUUCCUGUGUUUCUGAGCUCCUCUGCCAAAGCCUCCCCCGUCAAAUGGGAUUCAGACAACCGCUCUACCCCACUGGAUUCCAGCUUCAACCACCCUCAAUAAAGCCCAAAUUGGCAAGUGGAGAUGAGCCGUCCGUGGCAACAGCGACCCCAGUUCAACAGCAGCAACAGUCAUUGUUCGACCAGCUCUUCGAGGUGGCUGAGUUGAUCGAGGCAGGGUAUGCCUUCAGCGCCCGUGGGAUAUUGGCGCGGCUCAAUCACCAGCUCCCCUCUCCUUUAGGGAAGCCUCUCCUGCGGUCUGCUUUCUAUUUCAAGGAGGCUUUCCACCUACUCGCCAGCAAUUCCCCCCGCUCACUGCCGCCUCCUGUGUCGACACCAUUGGAUGCCAUGCUCAAGUUUGCAACCUACAAGACCUUCUCGGAUGUCUCUCCCAUUGUCCAAUUCACCAGCUUAACCUGCGUCCAGGCCCUCUUGGAGGCACUUGAGGGCUCUAGCUGCAUCCACAUCAUUGAUUUUGACAUUGGCAUUGGCGUGCAGUGGUCAGCCCUCAUGCAGGAGCUAGCACAGCAGUGUUCAUCACCAGUGGCUGCCUCAUGCCUAAAGAUCACUGCUUUUACCUCUCCCUGCUCCCAUCACCCUCUCGAGCUGCACCUCAUUCACCAGAACUUACUCCAGUUUGCUCGAAGUCUUGGCCUUACUUUUGAGUUCACCGUUCUUGGCAUUGAUCCUUUUGACCCAUCGUUGUUGUUAAGAAUGUGUUCCCCAUCCAAUGAGACAGUCGCUGUGAACCUCCCUGUUGGUUCCUCAAUGUGCCUGCCUAUUCUGGAUCUCCUACAUUCUGUGAAGCAGCUUUCCCCAAAGAUUUUGGUCUCCAUUGAUUAUGGAUUUGAUCGCAUUGACCUGCCUUAUGGGCAUCAUAUUCUCAGUGCAAUUCAGUCGAGCAUAGCACUCCUUGAUUCAAUUGAUGCAGUGGGUACCAAUCCAGAUGCAACUAACAAGAUUGAACGAUUCUUAGUUCGACCAAGGAUUGAAAAUGCUGUUUUUCGACACCAGCAUUUGUCGAGCAAGACAGUUUCAUGGAAAAGCCUUUUUACCUCAGCUGGAUUCGUGCCUGUGCAGUUCAGCAACAUUACGGAGACACAAGCAGAAUGUCUUCUGAAGAGAUUGCUGGUUCAGGGAUUCUCAGUGGACAGGAGCCAAACUUCCUUUUCCCUCUGCUGGCAGCGUGGGGAACUUGCUUCAGUGUCUGCAUGGAAGUGCUGAAGGAAAUUCUCAAAUUCCAUUCUACAGGCAUGCUAUUUUGGAUAGUUCUUUGGCACCAAACUAAAAUUCUAUUUAGCUUUGAUUUGGAAACUAUGUUAGCUCUAUGGUUUCGGAUUCUUAUCAUUUAACAAGCAUCGUGUAUUUCAUAGAAAUUGGGGCUAAUAUAGUCCUUAUGCCAAGCCCAAUAUAUCCAACUUUUCUGUAUCGAAAUUUGUUUGAAGCUUGGAUUAUUGUAGUAAGAGAUUCCCGACAUACCUAGGA